AUGGCUUCUCCCCGCCCUCACAACUUCGGUCCUCAAGGCUAUCCUCUCUCGAACGGUGCGACAACCGCAGGUCCGGCCCCCGGAGCCACGCCGCUGCUUCCCAACAAUGGCAGAGUAAUCCAGAACGGGCCUACCCGAAUUCUGUGCAUUGCGGAUGUUCGAGGAAACCUGAAAUCUCUGAAUGAACUGGCGAGACAGGCUCGCGCAGACCACAUCAUCCACACGGGUGACUUUGGUUUUUAUGAUGAUACUUCGCUGGAGCGCAUUGCAGACAAAACCCUUAAGCAUGUGGCCCAAUAUUCUCCCCUUCUGCCAGAGAACGUGAAGCGGACGAUUGCACAGGUCCCUCCUGCGCAGUCGAUUAAGCAGCGGUUCAACCCCGAGCAGCUCCCCCUCUCCGAACUGCCGAUGCUCCUUGACAAGCGAAUUACCCUCGAUGUUCCGGUCUACACAGUUUGGGGUGCCUGUGAGGAUGUCCGUGUGUUGGAGAAGUUCCGGUCGGGCGAGUACAAGGUCGACAAGUUGCACAUCAUCGAUGAGGCCAACUCGCGGCUGCUGGAUAUCGGUGGCGUUAAGCUGCGUCUGCUUGGACUGGGUGGUGCAGUGGUGAUGCACAAGCUGUUUGACAACGGCGAGGGCAAGACGACUAUUGCUGGUGGCCAGGGCACUAUGUGGACAACACUUUUGCAGAUGGGCGAGCUGAUCGACACAGCCAACCGCGUCUACGAUCCUUCCGAAACCCGUGUCUUCGUUACCCAUGCCUCCCCCGCUCGUGAAGGCAUGUUGAAUCAGCUUUCCGUCACCCUCAAGGCAGACUUCUCCGUUUCGGCCGGUCUACACUUCCGUUACGGCUCUUCCUACAACGAGUUCUCGGUAAACCCGUCCCUGGAUCACUACCGCGGCAAGCUCGCUGCCUCCAAGGCAUCGUUCACCGACGUUUGGGAGACUGUGCGGGGAGAGGUGGAGUCGGCAAUCUCGUCAAACGAGGCCCAGAAGACUUUACUGGACAAUGCGCUGGAAGUGGUGCAAAAGAUGCCUUCGAUUGCCAAUGGCGGCAACCCCUUCGGCGGCCCGGUCGCUGCUGGUAACGCUGCCGGUCAAGUAGACGAGAGCGCCUUCAAGAACAUGUGGAACUUCAACCUGGCUGACGCCGCCUUUGGAUACCUGGUUCUGGAAAUUGAGGGAGGACGGAUCGCGACGGAGAUGCGGGCUCAGGGCUUCAACUUCGCCCACCGCAGUGGCAAGCCUUCUGCUGGAGGUUCCCAGGCUGUUGCCAGCGGCCCGCCCGCCACUACCGCUUCUCCUGCACCCACCGGUGCUGCUGGUGGCCGGCCCACUGCCUCCACUCCUCAGUUCGGCCAAGCCCCCCUGCCCGCUCUGCUCCUUCUGACCGCGACGCCCCAGCCUCCCGCUUCCGCUUCCGCCCCUCCCUCUGGGGAGGAGAAGGUUGCUGCUGACGCCAACGGCGCCGUUCAGCCCGAGAAGACCGAGUCCCCUGCUUCUCGCAAUGAGAAGAAGCCGAGCAACGGACUAUUCGUGUCCAACGUCGACAACGAGCAGGCAGUGCGUGACCUGCUGCCUGAGGAGGACCAGACCAAGUUGCUCAAGAUCGAAAAGUAUGGCAAGUUCAACCACGUCGUGACGUUCCCGACUGUGGAGGACGCCAAGGCUGCUCUCGACCGCCAGCCCAUCGAGCACAAGAAGCCCACUCCCGCCGGUCAACCUCGCAAGCCCAACUUCAAGUUCUUUGAGGACCGCGGCGGCCGUACUCAAGGCAAUGCCGGAACCUGGCAGGGUAGCAACCGCGGUGGAGCUAGUGCCGGUGGCCGUGGCUACCAGAGCGCCAGCGACAGCGAAGGUGCCCGUCGGGGUGGAUUCGGUGGCCGUGGUCGGGGUGACCGUGGCCGUGGCCGUGGAGGACGUGGUGGCCGUGGCAGUUUCAAGGGAGGCGCAUCAGGCGAUUCUCCUGCCCCCUCGACUCCCUCCGGUGAUAAGCCCGCCCCAUCUGGUGAUGCUUAA